UCAUCACAAUCGUUUCUGGGACAAUUUAUGGUCCAGAAAAAUUGGCUAUCUUGGCAGGCCAAGUCGACAGCAGUAAAAAGAUGUAGAAAUGAUAAAAACGGUGAAAUGUGUCGUUUCUGUCUCAGGUUGUUCUUUCACAGUGCUUGUGCACACCAGAGAUGCUGCUACACGCAACAUGGAGAAGGUUCAAGUCAUUAAGGACUUUCCAUGGAUCGUCGCAGACGAGCAGGAAGUUCACAUGAAGGAGCCGAGACUCAUUCCACUGAAGUCCAUGACGUCCGACAUAGUGAAGAUGCAGCUCUACGUGGAGGAGAGAGCCCAGAAAACGUAGCGAGAGACGACAGAUCGCGCUGUGAAAAGCUCAUCGGUGACAGCUGCACAUCAUAAGCAGAAUAUUUAUGGCAGCCUGUCGGUGCAAGACGAGUUCAUCUGAAAACGUGACAUCAGGAAAUGUGAAAUAUACCUCAUGGAAUAUGUCUGAGGUGCUUUCCUUUUGAUGCGUCUGGCAUGGGGAGUCAGACUGAAACACUGGGAUGCCGUUCGCCAAAUCCUAAAUGAAAUAUGCUGUUUGGAAAGGUGAUAUCCUGGUUGAAGUUGUAACUCUAGUGAGAGUACCAUUAAUACAAUUCAAGAUGUGUUUAUUGUAAAAGUGCUGUUUGGUUCUGUCUCACUGUUUAAUGAACAGUUUUUAACUCUGUUGUUCAUUAAAAAAUUACACCAUGAAUUUAUUAGGAUUUGAAGUCAAUUAACCAGAACUUGGAUUAAUUGGCUUCAAGAAGUGCCUAUGUAUUCAUGUGUUGCCAAAUCAUGAUGUGUUGAAAUUUCAUUGUUCUGAAAUGAUCUGCAAUAAAAAAGAAUCUUGUUCUUUA